AUGAGUAUGCUAAAACCAAGCAGGCUUAAGGCCCCCACCAAGAUCCUGAAGCCUGGAAGCACAGCCUUGAAGACACCUGCUGCUGUUGUCGCUCCAACAGAAAACACAGCAUGCAGUGAAAAAACCUCAAGCACUCCGUCCUCUGAGACACAAGAGGAGUUUGUGGAUGACUUCCGAGUUGGGGAGCGAGUUUGGGUGAACGGGAAUAAGCCUGGGUUUAUCCAGUUCCUGGGAGAAACCCAGUUUGCACCAGGCCAGUGGGCCGGGAUCGUUUUGGAUGAACCCAUCGGCAAGAACGACGGCUCGGUGGCAGGAGCUCGGUAUUUCCAGUGUGAGCCUCUGAAGGGCAUAUUCACCCGGCCUUCAAAGCUGACGAGGGAGGCGCGGGCCGGGGCUGAAGCUGACGGCCCGCAGACGACUCCCGCUGCCAGGGCCCCUUCGCCUCCGUCCACUUCGGCAGUCAGCAUGGAGUCCUCGGCCCCAGACACCCCCUCACAUAUUCCCCGCAGAUUGUCCCAACCAACUGCAAAGGAACCUUUAGCUACAUCUCAGAUCAGCAACCUUACGAAAACCACCAGCGAAUCUAUCUCCAACCUAUCAGAGGCCGGCUCAAUCAAGAAAGGAGAGAGAGAACUCAAAAUCGGAGACCGAGUAUUGGUUGGUGGCACGAAGGCUGGUGUAGUCCGGUUUCUUGGGGAGACAGACUUUGCCAAGGGGGAGUGGUGCGGCGUGGAGUUGGAUGAACCUCUGGGGAAGAAUGAUGGGGCUGUUGCUGGAACAAGGUAUUUUCAGUGUCAACCCAAAUAUGGACUGUUUGCUCCAAUCCACAAAGUCACCAAGAUUGGCUUCCCCUCCACCACGCCAGCCAAAGCCAAGGCCGCGGCGGUGAGGCGAGUGAUGGCAACCACGCCCGCCAGCAUGAAGCGCAGCCCGUCUGCCUCCUCUCUCAGCUCCAUGAGCUCCGUGGCCUCCUCUGUGAGCAGCAAGCCCAGCCGGACAGGACUGUUGACCGAAACCUCCUCCCGUUACGCCAGGAAGAUCUCCGGCACCACCGCCCUCCAGGAGGCCCUGAAGGAGAAGCAGCAGCAUAUUGAGCAGCUGCUGGCCGAACGAGAUCUAGAGAGGGCGGAGGUGGCCAAGGCCACGAGCCACGUCGGGGAGAUAGAGCAGGAGCUCGCCCUGGCCCGGGACGGACAUGACCAGCACGUCCUGGAGUUGGAGGCCAAGAUGGACCAGCUUAGAACGAUGGUGGAAGCUGCCGACCGGGAGAAGGUGGAACUUCUCAACCAACUUGAAGAGGAGAAAAGGAAGGUUGAGGACCUUCAGUUCCGGAUUGAAGAAGAAUCAAUUACUAAGGGCGAUCUUGAGACGCAGACCAAACUGGAGCAUGCCCGCAUUAAGGAGCUUGAACAGAGCCUGCUCUUUGAAAAGACCAAAGCUGACAAACUCCAGAGGGAGUUAGAAGACACUAGGGUGGCCACGGUGUCAGAAAAGUCCCGCAUCAUGGAACUCGAGAAAGACCUCGCUUUGCGAGUGCAGGAGGUAGCUGAGCUGCGGAGGCGGCUGGAGUCCAAUAAGCCGGCUGGGGAUGUGGACACGUCACUGUCCCUCUUGCAAGAGAUCAGCGCUUUGGAGGAGAAGAUAGAAGCCACUCAUAGUGACCAUCAGAAAGAAGUCGCUUCUCUGAGGGAGCAUUUUGGAGCCCGGGAAGAAACACACCAGAAGGAGUUAAAGGCUCUGCAGGCCGCCACAGAGAAGCUUUCCAGCGAGAAUGAGUCCCUGAAAAGCAAGCUCGACCACGCCAACAAGGAGAAUUCAGACGUGAUCAUCCUGUGGAAGUCCAAGCUGGAAACAGCCAUUGCGUCCCACCAGCAGGCCAUGGAGGAGCUGAAGGUGUCCUUCAGCAAGGGGGUCGGCACCGAGACAGCUGAGUUUGCGGAGUUAAAAACGCAGGUAGAGAAGAUGAGACUAGACCACCAGCAGGAAAUAGAAGAGCUGCAGAACAGGCAGGACUCGGAAAGGUGUGCUCACAUGAAAGAGCUCGAAGGCCUAAAGGCUAAGCUGAUGCAAGUCAUUAAAGAGAAGGAGAACAGUCUGGAAGCCAUCCAGACGAAGAUGGACAAAGCAGAAGACCAGCACCUAGUGGAAAUGGAGGACACCUUAAACAAACUGCAGGAAGCCGAGCUAAAGGUAAAGGAGCUAGAGGUGCUACAAGCCAAAUGCAAUGAGCAAACCAAGGUUAUUGAUCAUUUUACAUCACAGCUCAAGGCUGCCAAAGAAAAGCUCUCGGAUCUUGAUGCACUUCAGAAGGCCAGCUCUGAAGGUAAAUCCGAAAUCGAGAACCUCAGACAGGAGCUCAAAGCAGCUAAGAAACAGAUUAAAAGCUUAGAGAGUGAAAAGGAUGCUGAAAGCGGCAAGGCUAGUAGCAUCACCAAAGAGCUGCAGGGAAAAGAGCUAAUGCUUAAUAACCUUCAGGAAAACUUGAGCGAAGUCAGCCGAGUGAAAGAGGCUUUGGAAAAAGAACUGCAGACUUUGAAAGAAAAGUUCGCUGAUGCUUCAGAGGAGGCAGUCUCUUUUCAGAGAAGUAUGCAAGAAACUAUAAAUAAAUUACACCAAAAAGAGGAACAGUUUAACGCACUGUCUUCCGAACUAGAGAAGUUGAGAGAAAAUUUAAUGGAUAUGGAGGCAAAAUUCAGAGAGAGAGAUGAAAGGAAAGAGCAGCUGUUAAAGGCAAAGGAAAAACUGGAAAAUGACAUUGCAGCAAUAAUGAAAAUGUCUGGAGACAAUUCUUCUCAGCUGACAAAAAUGAACGACGAACUACGUCUGAAAGAAAGAGAUGUAGAAGAAUUACAGCUGAAACUCACCAAGGCUAACGAAAACACAAGCCUCCUGCAGAAAAGUAUCGGGGAAGUAACUCUCAAAGCCGAACAAAGUCAGAAAGAAGCAGGUAAAAAGCAUGAGGAAGAAAAGAAAGAACUGCUGAGAAAACUGUCAUACCUGGAAAAGAAGAUGGAAAUGAGCCGCAACGAGUGUCAAGAUCUGAAAGCCAGGUACGAGGAAGCCAGUUCUGAGAGCAGAGCCAAGCACGAAGAAGUCCUGCAGAACGUCCACAAGCUGCUCCGGGACACAGAGGAGCGGCUGAAGGCUGCACAGGAGGAGAACCGCGAGCUGCUGCAGAAGCUGGAGGAGCUGGGGAAGCAAGCCGAAGGAGCCAAAUCGCUAACUUACUUACUAACAUCAGCCAAAAGAGAAGUUGAACUAAUGUCAGAAGAGCUGAGAGGUCUGAAAUCAGAGAAACAGCUUCUUACCCAGGAGGGGAAUGCUUUAAAGUUAGAAAAAGGUUCAUUUCUGUCUCAACUUGUAGAGUUGGAGGCCAAAAUAACUUUACUUCAGAAGGACCAAGAGAAGCUCUGUUCAGUAAAUGAAACUCUUAAUUUAGAAAAGGAGAAAGUCUGGGAAGAAAAGCAAGACAUUGAAAAGCUUUAUCAGCAGGAACAACUCAAUAAAGCAGCUGUGGCUGUGGAGAGAGAGAAAUUACUGAAAGAGAUCAAUAUCGCGCAGGAGGACCUCUUGAAGAUAAAUACAGAAAACGAGUCUUUGCAGGCUUCCAAAGCAAGCUUGCAGGCACUCACAGAGGAACUGCAGUUCAGCAAAGAUAUUCUAAUGGCUGAGUCUCAGAAGUAUCGGGAAAAAAAAGACCGCCUGGAGAAUCAUAUCAAGAAGCUGGUCACUGAAAACGUCGCAUUGGCUAAAGAUAAAGAUGAAAUUAUUCGGAAGCUUCAGAGCUCCUACGAGGAGCUGGCCAAAGAUCAGAAGAGCUUGGUGCAGGAGAACGAGGACCUCACAGUAGAGAAAAAGUCAACCUUGGAGAAACAGUCAGGUCUUGACAACAUGUGUAUAGCUCUAAAGGUCGAAAGGGAUCAUCUUCUUCAGAGCAGCAAAGACCUGCAGUUGGAGAAGGACAUGCUGCUUCAAGAUCAGGAAAAGCUGAACACCAUUCUGGAGACUGCCCUCCAGGUUAAACAUGUGCUUAGCACGGAAGCCGGUGAGCUCCGCGCACAGCUGGAGGAGGCCAGCAAGGCCCUGAGGAAGGCUGAGCUGGAGAUUGUGCAACUGCAGGCCACGAACACGAGCCUCACAAACCUGCUGGAAGAAAUUAAGACCAGCCGGGAGAUCAGAAACUCCGAGUGCAUUCAGCUUCUGCACGAGAAAGAGACCUUAACGUCAUCCGAGAGAAGGCUCUUGGCUGAGAAAGAAGAACUGCUAAAUGAAAAUAGGCUAAUCUCGGAAAAACUCAGCAAAUACUCGGAAGAGUCUGCCCACAUCGAGAUGAACCUGAGUGAGAGGAUCACGUACCUCACUUCUGAGAAGGAGCUGGUUUGUCAGAAAAUCACCAAGCUCAAAAAGCAACAGGAUAUCCUCUUGAAAGAAAAAUCGGUACUAGAGAUGCGGAAUGGGGAUUUACUGGUAGAAAGAGAGAACUCCAUGAAGGCCAUGGAAGACCUUAAAAAGAAAUAUGAUCAAGAAACAGCCAACAGAAGAAUUGUUGUGUACGAGAAGAUGAAACUGCUCAGCAAACUCGACGCUCUGAAGAAAGAACUUCAAGAGAGAGAAAAGGAAAACCAGGCGCUCACGGCCACCAAGUGCGAUCUCUCACUGAUGCUAAAAGAGGCCCAAAACGCCAAAAAGAUGCUAGAAAAAGAACACACUGACGUACUGCAAGCCAAGGAGAGUUUAAAUGCUGAACUCAAGGCCUGCUGUUCUGAAAAGAACAUCUUGUUAAGGGAUGGGUUGAAUCUGCAAGAAGAAUGUCAGAAGUUAAACGAGAAAAUCCACACAAUGCAACAGUCCCUGGUGCUGGAGAAAGAAGCCAGGACGCAGGACCAAGAGUCCUCCUUGUACGAGAGCAACAAGCUCCACAGGAGGGUGGCGCUUCUGGAGCAGGAGGUGGAGAAGCUGAGAGCCUGCACCCAGGAGCUCCAGUCCGAAAACUGCACGCUCAUCCAAGAUAAGACCAACUCAGAGCAGAGAAUGGCUGAUAUCACCAAGGAGAAGGAACUCCUGAGUGCAGAGACAGCGCGUCUGGCCGCCAACAUAGAGACUCUGAAAACUGACUUUGCUGCCUUGUCCAAGUCCAAGUUGGAACUGCAGGAACUGCACAACUACCUCACCAAGAUGCUGGAUGACCUGCAGCUGAAUCACGAGGUAACCCUGGCCGAGCAGGCCAAGGUGACGCAGGACAACAGGAACCUCCUGGCCGAGAAAAGAGAGAUGCUGAAAAAGGACGAGCUCCUGAAGGAGAAGGAGAAGCUGGCCGAAAGCUACUUCUUCCUCCAGCAAGAGAUCAACCAGCUGUCCAAAACCAACAGCCACAUCUUAGCCAACCUCCUGGAGUCUCAAAACGAAAACCGUAUUUUGAGGAAAGACAAGAGCAAGCUCACUCUAAAAAUCAGAGAGCUCGAGACUCUGCAGUCCUUAACGGCCGCUGCUUUCUCACACUUAGGCCACUCAAACCACUGGAGAUGCCAUGCAGAUAAGGGAACAGAUGACCAAAGAGGAGACCGAAAUGCUGGCCUCCUUGGAGAUUCUAAGCAAACAGAUGAAAAACUGAAGAAUGAAUUGGAUACACUUAAAGAAAACAACUUGAAAAACGUGGAAGAGCUGAACAAAUCAAAAGAGCUUCUGAUGGUAGAGAACCAAAAAAUAGAAGAAUUAAAGAAAGAAAUAGAAACCCUAAAGCAGGCAGCAGCUCAGAAGUCCCAGCAGCUCUCAGCGCUGCAAGAAGAGAACGUGAAACUUAACGAGGAGCUGGGGAGGAGCAGGGACGAAGUCACCAGUCACCAAAAGGUCAAUGAAGAAAAAGCUUCCUUGCAGAAAUCCAUCAGUUUCACUAGUGCCUUACUCACAGAAAAGGAUGCGGAGCUGGAAAAGCUAAGAAAUGAGGUCACGGUGCUCAGGGGAGAGAACGCGUCCGCCAAGUCCUUGCAUUCAGUUGUUGAGUCUCUAGAGACUGAUAAGGUGAAGCUUGAGCUCAAGGUAAAGAACUUGGAGCUUCAACUCAAAGAAAACAAGAUGCAGCUCAGCAGCUCCUCAGGUAACAUUGACUUCCUCAAUUCAGUAAUAGUAGACCUUCAGAGGAAGAAUCAGGACCUCCAGAUGAAGGUGGAGAUGAUGUCAGAAGCAGCCUUGAACGGGGACGGGGAUGACCUGAACAAUUACGACAGCGAUGACCAGGAAAAACAGUCCAAGAAGAAACCCCGCCUCUUCUGUGACAUAUGUGACUGCUUUGAUCUGCAUGACACAGAGGAUUGUCCCACCCAGUCCCAGAUGUCUGAGGACCCUCCCCACUCUGCACACCACGGCAGUCGGAGCGAGGAACGCCCAUACUGUGAAAUCUGCGAGAUGUUUGGGCACUGGGCUACCAACUGCAAUGAUGAGGAGACCUUCUGA